CAGUCGGCCAGAAGAGCAUCAGGCAGGCUGAGGGGGCGCCGGCCGCCCUGGGCAGCCCCGGAGCUGGGGCUUGUGGGCGGCGCUUCCCCGCCCGGCUGCGGAGGCGGGGCGCCCUCAGGUGGCGGCGCGGCCGCGCUGCGUUGGCGGAAGGGGAGGUGCCGAGCCCGCAGGCCGCGUGGACAUGGCGGAUGCGGUGCGGGAGGAGCUCCUGGCCUUGGCCGCGAUUUUCUGCGGGCCCCACGAGUGGGAGGUGCUGAGCCGCUCAGAGACAGAUGGAACCAUUUUCAGAAUUCACACAAAAGCUGAAGGACUUUUGGAUGCAGAUAUACCCUUAGAGUUGGUGUUCCAUUUACCAGUCAGUUACCCCUUGUGUCUGCCUGGUAUCUCAGUUAACUCAGAACAUCUGACCAGAGCUCAGUGUGUGACUGUACAAGAGAAGCUACUUGAGCAAGCAGAGAACCUUUUGUCGGAACCGAUGGUUCAUGAACUGGUUCUUUGGAUUCAGAAGAAUCUCAGGCAUAUCCUCAAUCAACCAGAAACUGGAAAUGGCAGUGAAAAGUGUACUUUUUCUGUGAGCACGACUGUGGAUGAUGGAUUGUGGAUAACUCUUUUACAUUUAGAUCACAUGAGAGCAAGGACUAAAUACGUCAAAACCGUGGAGAAGUGGGCUUCAGACUUAAGUCUGACAGGAAGACUGAUGUUCUUGGGUAAAAUAAUACUGAUUUUACUACAAGGAGAAAGAAACAACAUCAAGGAGUACCUGACUCUUCAGAAAACGUCCAAAGUAGAUGUGGACUCAAGUGGAAAGAAAUGCAAAGAGAAAAUGAUUAGUGUACUGUUUGAAACAAAAGUAGAGACGGAACACAAAAGGUUUCUGGCAUUUGAAGUCAAAGAGUAUUCAGCACUGGAUGAGUUACAAAAGGAAUUUGAAACUGCAGGACUUAAGAAGAUUUUCUCCGAAUUUGUACUUGGGCUGGUAAAAUGAAAUGAAUGAUAGGAAUCUUUUAUUAAGUAGAAUUGUAUUUUGUUGUUUUUACAUCAAGUUUGGGGAGUGGCUAACUGAAAUAGUCAUAAGAGAGCAAUUUUAAAGUUUCUCUUCAGCAAAAUUAUUCUAAUUUCAGAAACAAAAGCCAGUUAUGUUUUAGGGAAUAUGAAACAUGAAAAGACUCCAUAUAUUCUAAUCUUUGCCAGGGAAGCCCAGGUUCAAUAAAUGGAACAUAAACUGAAAGAUAAUAAAAAAUAUGGUAGCAAAUGAACCCUUGUUUUUAUGCAAAAAGUUUGUUUGGAACUAUGCAAUUAUCUGGCUAAUUUUCUUAUAAUUAAAUGACUUUUCAUAAAGAUUUGUUUUCAUUUUUUUUAUGAUUAUUUUUGUAGCAUUUAACCACAUUUUCCCCCAUUGAGCUUAUUAUAUCUGAUGCUUAAAGUUGAAUGUUAAGAAAAAUAUACACUGAUUUUGUGUGUGUGCAUGUUUGUAUUUGUAUAAAUUAUUGUUUAAAUACAAACCAAAGAAGUUCUAUAGAACCUGAUAUACAGUUGCGUUCUUUUGGGGUUCUAGAAUAGCAUGGUAUUUGCUAGCUAUGGAACUAGAUGGUUGAUUUAAAUUAAAAUUCUUAUUUGAAAAAUGUAACUUCUGGUUUUACAUGGGGAGAAAUGCUCACACAAAAUGAACCUGGCUUGCUGGAUAAAAGAAAUUAUAUGGAGAUACUAUUUUUUGUAAUGAUAGCUUUAAGCCAUGAUAAUUAUACUUUUUCUGGUCUAAGGAAAGAAUCACAAAAUAAAAACUUGUACUAAAAUAUAUAACAUAAAGGUAAGAGGGCAUUUGCAUCUGAGAAAGGAUAUUUGUGUGCAUGAAGCCACCUGGGCUUCUAAAAUAAGAAGCUGACUCAUGUAAGAAAGUCCAAGCAAAUCCUUCUAACUGCAACCUAUGAAGUACACUGAUGUCAUCAUAAAAAUAUAACUAGUAGGGGAGAGAAGUGAGAAAGAUGUGGCAUGCUGAGUGAUACUUCUUGACAGUUCAGCUCUGUGACCAUGAUGCUUCAAUCUGAUUAUCUUAUUUUCAGGUACCUUGUUAUUAAAUUAUGCCUACUUAUUAUUCAUUUUAUCAGGUUCUAUUAAUAAGAGUAUUUAUUUUCAGUUUAUCUUUUUCCAGGUGUUUAUGAUUCCCCCCCCCGCCCCCGAAACCUGGCAUAUAUAGAUCGUUCCAUGAGGAAAGCUUAUGUAGCAAGGUAAAUUUAUCCCAUUUGCAUGCAAAACUGAGAAAACAGCCUUCACAUUUUUGGUCUGGUCAUUUUUACCCCUUCAUUUGAUUAACUGUAGUUUUAGUGAAAAUUAAAAUAGGGAAAAAGAACAGCACUGAGAUUAUUGACCAUACGACUGAGAUGAAUGGAGGCAGAUCAUAAUGUAAUAACAUUGAAGAUUAUUAUCACAAAGCUGUAAUAGUAGCAGUAGUAGGAGAUGGAGUUUGAAUUUUAUAGUAAUAGAACUUUUGGUCUUCUAUUUUACCUUGAUUCUUCUUUGCUAAAGUGUCUUCCUGUCACAUGCUUUAUGGUACUUCUUCAAACAUUUAACUUCAAAUUUGACUCUGAAAAAGUGUUGGAUCAGGGCUGGGUUGUGGCUCAGUGCUAGAGUGCUUGCCUGGCACAUGUGAGACACUGGGUUCCAUCCUCAGCACUACAUAAAAAAGUAAAUAAAUAAAUAAAGUUGAAAAAAAGUUGGAUCAGGUCAAAUGUUAAUAAUGACUUUCUCCAACUUAAUUAUAUUUCUCUCUGCUAAAAUUGUGUAAAAAAGCAUUGCUAUUAUUAUUUUUUUUAGAUGUUUAUAUCAGUCCUUCACAAAUAUGUAUCAGCAUGGAAAACUAAAUUUUGACAGUGUUUAUAUAAAUUUAAAUUUACCUUUGAUUAAAAGAAAAUUUAAAAGUUAUGUACCAAAAGGUUAUAAGAAUCUCUGGUAUUUUUUAAAUUUUAGUAUCAGAGGAAGAGAAUCUUAGUUAUUUCCAUUGAUAUUUUUGCCUCAAACUCUGCUGCUGUCCUCUCAACUUAUAGUACUUACAAAAAGAAUUGGGUCUUCUGCUUUGUGAAGAACAG